AUGGCGUUUAGAGGGAAGGAGAUGAUGAAGAAGCUGGUGAAGAAAGUGGGAGCGGAGACUCUGACGCCGGAGCUGAAAGAGAAGCUCAAGGUCUGUGUUCCGGAUAGCAAAGUCGUGAUGGGCAGAGCCAAACGCGGCCUCUACGCCGGCCGCCAUAUCCAGUACGGAAACCGCGUCAGUGAAGACGGUGGCAACAAGUCAAGAAGAUGUUGGAAACCAAACGUCCAGGAGAAGAGAUUGUUCAGCUACAUAUUCGACCGUCACAUCAAAGUCAAAGUGACGAUGCACGCUCUCCGCUGCAUCGACAAAGCAGGAGGAAUAGACGAGUACCUGCUGAAAACACCAUACCAAAAGAUGGACACAGAGAUGGGUCUUUUCUGGAAAACCAAAGUGGAGCAAAGAUACGCAGAGCUUGGUCAGAUGGAAGUAGCCUUCUUCACUCCAGAGGAUGAAGCCAAGUUCGAACAAGGAUUCAAAGACUUGAACAUAGCUAAGAAAGAUGCUCGUAGGGAAGGUCGUAGGGAAGCUAGAAGAAAGAUGUAUGGAGGAGGGAAGGGUGAGGAAGAAGCUUCUCUUGGAGCUGGAGGGUCAGUGUCACACCAAGAUGAUCAUGGGUGGUUAGAAGCUAAUGCUUAG